CUUAUAGGGUUUUAUACUUUGUCUUCAACCUAUCAUAUACUGCCGCCAUCUUUUAAUAAUGAGUACUAUCUCAAAGUUUUCUACUAUUCAUUGACAGAGAAGAAAAGUGUUUGUAAUCCGUAAUCCGUUGCCGAUUUUCUCUCAUCGGUACAAUGGCUUCUAUUUCAAUGGAGAGUUUGGGGUCGAGCGAAGAUGAUGAACCAACACUUAAUACUACACAAGGUGUUCAUAUACUAAAAUCGGUGCAGACAAAUCAAGAGGUUCUAAAUUGUGACGAAGAAAUCAAACCUAAAGUAGGACAACUUUUUGAUUCACUUGAAGAUGGUGAAAUUUUUUACAAAAAAUAUGCACACACUGUUGGAUUUAGUGUGCGUUGCUCAUCAGAAAAUAAAAAUAAAGAUGGUGUUGUACGUUGGAAGUAUUUUGUUUGCUCAAAAGAGGGUUACAACCCAAAUGUAUCAAAAGACAAAGAAGUGACUGAAUCAGGAGUUAAACUCAAGAGGAGAAGUCUUACUAGAGAAGGAUGUGAGGCAAAAGUUGCUUUCAAACUAUUAGAGGGAGGUAAGUAUGAGCUAACUCGAUUUCAAGAAAGUCAUACUCAUGUACUUGCCUCUCCUAAAAAGAGACAAUUUCUUAGAUCGGCAAGAAAAGUGAAUCAUAUUCAUAAGAGUAUAAUGUAUGCAAAUAGUAGAGCAAAUAUUGGUCCUUCAAAAACAUACCACUUGUUGAAGGAACAACUAGGUGGUUAUGAAAAUAUUGGGUGCACACAGAGAGAUCUACAAAAUUGUUUUAGAGAUUUAAAGACCUUAAUUAAAGAUUCGGAUGCAUAUGUCUUCAUUGAUAACUUUAAAAGGAAGCAAGAAAUGAAUCCAUCAUUUUAUUUUGCAUAUGAGGUUGAUGUUGAAGAUCGGUUGAAAUAUGUUUUCUGGGCAGAUGGAAUUUGUAGAAAAAAUUACUCCUUAUUUGGAGAUGUGAUGUCGUUCGACACUACAUAUGAAACAAAUAGGUUUUGUAUGUGGCAUAUCAUGAAAAAAGUUUCUGAAAAGGUGGGUGUUUCCUUGAAUUCCAAUGAUGAUUUCAACAAUAAAUUUAAGUCAUGUGUUUGGGGAUCAGAUACUCCCGACAAAUUUGAAGCAACGUGGAAAUCCAUCAUGAUUGAGUUUGGAUUGGAAAAGAAUGAAUGGCUUUCACACAUGUAUAAUAUUCGAAAUAUGUGGAUCCCAGCUUACUUCAGAGAUAUAUUUUUGGGUGGCAUAUUGAGAACAACCUCAAGAUCAGAAAGUGAAAAUUCCUUCUACGGUAACUUUUUAAAUCCUACUAUUGGUUUGGUUGAAUUUUGGAUGAGAUUUGAGUCUGCUAUAGAAGCUCAAAGACAUAAAGAGUUACUUGCUGAUAAUACUUCACUUCACUCUUUACCAAUAUUAAAAUUAAAUCGUGGACUAGAGAGGCAUGGUAGAGAUAUUUACACUCGUGAAAACUUUUAUAUAUUUCAAAAUGAAUUAUGGAUUGGAUGUAUAGACUGCGGGGUAGAAAAUAUAAACCAAAAAGAUGGUGUGGAUGUAUUGCAUAUAGUUGAUAAUAGUGAAACAAAUGGUAAAGUAAGCGAGUCUUUUAUUGGUUUUGAUAUUCCUAAAGAAGUGAAAAUUCAUCCACCACAAAUUUCAAAGACAAAAGGAAGUGGUAAACGAAUUAAAGGAGGAAAAGAAAAGGCUAUUGAACAACAACAAAAAAGAUCCAGGCUUUGUAAAGCAUGUGGCCAAUAUGCAUAUCAUGAUACUCGUAAUUGUCCUACGAAAUCAUCUGCCUAA